CUUCCCUGAAAGAGAACAGAACAUCAACACCAACACCAGCAACAAUGGCAAAGAGAAAGAGGGCCGAAGGCGCUACUGUUACUGGCAGUAAUGCUACAGACCUGGCACCUUCCAAAAAGGCAAGAGGAACUGUAGCUUUGGAUUCAAAAUCGCCAUCGCAACCCCAACAGCGACAGAAAUCCCCGACCAAAACCCAGCCCAAGCCUGAGUCCAAGUCUCAGUCCCAGUCUCAGUCCCAAGUCCAACAUUUUACCACAGAUGGCGGCCUUACCCUCCAAAUUGUUACCGGCUCCUACGACCGUGUACUUCAUGGAAUAUUAGCGACUGUGACCCCGGAAGGCAAAGUCGAAUUCGCCGACACCUUCUUGUUCAACGCGCAUCCUUCGGCCAUUCGAUGCGUUGCCCUCUCCCCGCCGACCAAUCCAGCCCCAGGACAGGACCAGAAGGUCCUGCUGGCUUCGGGCAGCACCGAUCCGAAAGUCAAUAUCUACACUCUUUCCGCGCACCCUCCGAAACGUCGAGAAAAGGACGAAAUGUCCUCGGCCGGCCUGCGCCCGAUUCUUGAAAACUCGAAGAACAGGGAACUAGGGGCCUAUAAUCCCCACGAUUCGACCGUCACUAAACUCGUCUUCCCCACACGGUCUAAGCUCAUUUCCUCGAGCGAGGACUCCACUAUCUCUGUGGCCAAGACGAGGAACUGGGAGACCAUGAGCACGAUCAAGGUGCCAAUACCAAAAGCGCAAGGCCGGCCGAGCGGCGACACGGCACCGCUCGGGGGCAGCCCGGCUGGAGUCAACGACUUUGCCGUCCAUCCUAGCAUGAAGUUGCUUAUCAGCGUCAGUAAGGGCGAGCGUUGCAUUCGUCUAUGGAAUCUCUUGACGGGGAAGAAGGCGGCCGUGCUCAACUUCGGCCGAGAGAUGCUUCAGGAGAUUGGGGAAGGAAAACACUCGACCGGAGAGGGCAGGCAGGUGGCAUGGGGUGCGACGGCGGAGAGCGAAGAGUUUGCCGUGGGCUUCGACCGAGACAUCGUGGUGUUCGGGAUGGACAGUCUUCCCAGGUGCCGCGUCAUGCCCGAUGCGCGCACAAAGAUCCACCAUAUGGAGUAUAUCUCUGUCGACGACGUGAGCGAAACGACGCUGAUCGCCGUAUCCACGGAGGAUGGGAGAAUACUGUUCUGCUCGACCCGGGAGGAGGACCUGACACGACCUCCGUCUUCGAAAUCCAAAGAACAGAAGCUUCCUGUCGCUAAACUGGUGGCGCAAAUUGGAGGCAAGGAAGCCGGCGUUACCGGAAGGAUCAAGGAUUUCAACGUCGUGCGCGUGGAAGAACAGAGCCAGACGGUAUUCUACCUCGUUGGCGGAAGCAGUGACGGCAAGGUGCGGUUAUGGAAGGUGGGUGCCAAGGAACUGCUGUCGCGCACCCAGGAGGCUACGGCCGGAAAGCCAGACAAACAGACCGAGCCCGAAGCCUCAGCCGCAGCUCCCCAAGUGGGCAACCUUUUGGGGGCGUACGAGACGAACAACAGAAUCACCUGCACGGCGGCGUUUGCCAUGAUACCCCGGCCGGACGGUGUCGGCGAAAGUGAUGACGAGAUGGACGACCUGGAAGAGGAGACGGAAGACAACUCGAGCGACGAUGGCGACGAGGGUGGUAAAGACGAGUAGGGAACGAGGGAGAAGAGAAGGGAUGAUGUCGGAGUACCUAUAGGGCGGCGCGUCCAGAAUGGGCAUUCGCGGGGCAACAUUGUAAUUGCACAACGCUCAUCUACUGAUACCAAGUCACCAUUUACUCCGUACCUACGUUAUGUUUUAUAUCCUAGAUUCUUGUCACUUUUGUCACCUUAUCCACUCUAACCAGUCCCCAAGAUCCGGGUCAACCCUGACUGGUAAAUUAAUCACGGCCA